AUGCGAGGAAUCAGCUGUAUCAAGACGAGGCCCUUUACACAUUUGACUGUCAGCAUCCAACACUUGUUCAAUACUUUCAUCUCUCAAUCUUCAAUUCUCCCCCACCGUCAUGCGUUUCUCCACAACCAGCGCUUUGUCCACAACCCUGCCCUUUGCAGCGGCAUGGCCCAACGUUAUGGAGAUGAACAGACAGAUGCAGAAACGCGAGGAGCCACCACCACACGACCCUGUCUUCAAGUCCGGACGACAAAUACUGGACUACCAGCUCUGGGUCUCGAUGCUCAAGAACAGCUUGUCAGUGUGGGCGCUGGUAGUCGCCAUGAAUUUCAAUCUCCUGGUGGAGGUGACAUUCAUGGGCAGUGCCCCGGUCUAAACGCUGCUGCCAACCACAACUUCAUUCCUCGCAACGGUCUGCUCACCACGGCACAGACUGUUCAGGGUCUUGGUGAUGCAUACAACAUGUCUCCCGGUCUUGCUCUGUUCCUUGCUGUUAUGUUAACUGCACUGGCCAGAGACCCAGUCUCGAAUCGCUGGUCAAUUGGCGGAAAGUUCACACCUACCGUCCCUUUCAUGUUUCAGGAUAAAUGGCGGAUAAGCCCAGGCCACCCACCAAAAUCACAAUGGCAAUUCCCUCAACAACACCAUGAAAACAGAUUAAUUACAGCACAACUACACAGUAUUUUUGGCUAA